AUGACAAUUUACCUAGAGUCGUGGAUUCCUUAUUGCUUUGUUGUUCUAAAUGUGUCGAAGAGUCGGAUGGGCGAGUGGUCGGUGGUCCUAGUCGGCAUCUUUGUCCUCUUCGUCUUCCUAGUCUUCGCCUUCGUCAUCACGCGCCUUAACGGCGCAUUCUCCAUCCCCGGCUGGGCCUACUGGGAGUACAGCCCCGAGAGAUUCUCGUCGGGGCUCUGGAAUCGCGUAACUAGCUCCAGAAGUUGGAACAAGAUCAAGACCUAUCUCGCAGAAUCCAACGUUUUCCUCAAGCUCAACCAGGAGUAUGUCAUCGCCGAUCAGUUCUUCGCUGCCCGAGUCUCACCUCUUCAAUCUGGGUGUUGCAAGCCUCCAACAGUCUGUGGAUAUACUUUCGUGAACCCAAUUACAUGGAAAUUGCCGAUUAGGAGCUUCGCACUUCAGAGUGACUUCGCAGCUCUCCACUCUCAUCUCUGGUUUGAACUACUAGUCUGUGUCGUCAUCUCUGUCUCGUCUCCGGCUCACUCGUAUUGGGUCUGA